GAAGAACCACGAGCAGCAUCUUGUCCGUCGCUCGUACCACAUCCCUCCACCCACACGCACACCACCCGCUUCGAUGAGCGGCGUAUAAGCUACCACCCGCGGUCUUCUCUAACCACAGCAACACCCACACCGCGACUCGACCUCCUCACUGACACGCAGCCAUCAAAACGCGGCCGACUAGCGCGAGACACGCACUCCUCUCGCGACGACCGAGGCGGCGACCGACGACGAGACCGCGAUGGCGACCGGCGCGACCGCAGACGUUCGCGCUCUCCACAUGGUAGGUCCCGUCGUGAUGGCCCCGAGGUAGACAGCUACUCCUCAAGUCGAGGCUACCGAGAGAGAGAGCGGGAGGACCGAUAUUCUGGCGGCGGUGGCGACGGCGGAGGCGGCAACAGGCGUGAUGAUAGAGAUUGGGGCAGAGACCGCGGAUCAGCUCGCAGGGACGCACGCAGAGACGACGACGGAGAUCGACGUAGGGACCGACGAGGUGGAGAUCGCGGUGGAGGCGAUGACCUGUUCUCCGACAGACGUGGUGGUGGACGACGCGAUAACCGUGAUCGCAAAGACGAUGGCGGCGGGGGCGGAGAUCGUGGCCGCGACCGCGAUGAUAUGCGCCAGCUCGAGCGCCAAACGGCUCGUAAAAGCGCCUCGCCUCCACCACGCAAGCCAAAGGAGCCUACACCAGACCUCACAGAAGUGACUUCAAUCUUGGAGAGGAAGCGCCGAUUGACACAGUGGGAUAUCAAGCCUCCUGGUUAUGAGAAUGUCACUGCCGAGCAGGCUAAGCUGUCUGGCAUGUUCCCGCUGCCAGGUGCACCAAGACAGCAGCCAAUGGACCCUCAGAAGUUGCAGGCCUUCAUGAAUCAACCUGGUGGCGAAGCUAAUAAGACAGCGCUGAAGCCAUCUACUGCUCGCCAGUCCAAGCGUCUGUUGAUCUAUAACCUCCCAGCUUCCGCAACCGAAGACAGCAUUAUGGACUUUUUCAACCUGCAGCUCAAUGGCUUGAACGUCACCCGUGGAGCCGAUCCUUGUAUCUCAGCUCAGCUGAGUCAGGACAAAACCUACGCCCUGCUCGAGUUCAAGACACCUGAAGAUGCAACGAACGCCAUGGCCUUUGACGGCAUCAACAUGGAGCCAGAGGCCAUGGUCACCAACGGCAACGAGAAUGGCAGCGCCAGAGGUCUCGAAAUCAAGAGGCCUAAGGAGUACAUCGUACCAGUUGUGACCGAUGACACCGAGAACGACGCUGGUGUACUUUCUGAUGUCGUGCCAGACACACAGAACAAAAUCUCCAUCACUAACAUCCCGGCUUAUGUGGACGAGGACCAGACCAAGGAGCUCUUGAACUCCUUUGGCGAGCUCAAGAAUUUCGUCCUCGUGAAAUAUUCGUCCACCGGCGAGUCUCGAGGCAUCGCCUUCUGCGAAUACAAAGAUCCAAACUCUACUAAGGUUGCGGUGGAGUCAUUGAACGGCAUGACGUUGGGAGAUGCCGCCAUGAAGGUCAGGCUUGCCAGUGUUGGUAUUCAGCAGGUUAGCGGCGAGAUGAGUGUCAACGCCAUGAGCUUGAUGGCAGGUACGGCCAGAACCGAUGGCGAGGGUGGUCGCGUCUUGUCACUGAUGAACAUGAUCACGCCGGAGGAGCUGAUGGACCCGGACGAGGCCGAUGAAAUCCUCGAGGAUGUCAAGGAAGAGUGCGCCAAGUAUGGUCCCCUACUCGACGUCAAGAUGCCUCGACCUACCGGCGGCUCUCGCCAGAGCAACGGCAUCGGCAAGAUCUACCUCAAGUACGAGUCGCCAGAAAGUGCAGCAAAAGCACUGGCGGCAUUGGCAGGCAGGAAGUUCGCCGACCGUACUGUUGUGGUCACGUAUUUUGCCGAAGAGUACUUCGACGUCAAUGCGUGGUAG